AUGCUCUUACCAGGCAGGUGGGGCGAUCGGGCUGCUCGGCUGCUCGGCGGUCGGGCGGCUCGGCUGCACGGUGCUGGGCGACUCGGCUGUCGGGCGGCUCGGCUGCUGGGCGGCUCGGCUGCUGGGCGGCUUGGCUGCACGGUGCUGAGCGACUCGGCUGUCGGGCGGCUCGGCUGGUGGGCGGCUCGGCUGCUGGGCGGCGCGGUUGCUGGGCGGCUCGGCGGUCGGGCGGCUCGGUUGCUGGGCGGCUCGGCGGUCGGGCGGUCGGGCGGCUUAGCUGGCCGGCGGUUUGGCUUCUCGGCGCUGCGGGCGCGGGGCGGCGGGGCCGCAUGUGGCGGCGAGGCCGCAGGUGGUGGCGGGGCCUUAGGUGGCGGCGGGCCGCAAGGGUGGGCGGUGCCGCAGGUGGCGACGGGGCCGCAGUGGGCGACGGGGCCCCAGGUGGAGACGGGGCCGCAAAGGGGCCUCAAAGGGGCCGUAGCGGGGCCGUGCGGCGUGCUGCAUCGGCCGAUACGCGUGUUCGUGCUGUGGUACGGCGUCUUCUCCGACGCUCAGAAGCAGACGCUCCGCACCUUCGUCGCAUCGCUCAGCCCCAACGCUGACACCGCCGUCACUGUUCCAUUGUGGUGGAACAUCAACCGGCUCUACUACGACAGGGAUGGCAACCACAUAUCGCAAUCUGUGACGUGGGGCAGCGAGGUGGAGGACAGGGCGUACAGCAAGGGCAAGACGCUGCUCAAAAGCGAUAUAGAAGUCCUGCUUGGGUCGGCCAUCAGCAGCCAACAACUGCCCCACGACCCUCGUGCCGUCUACUUCCUCCUUUCGGACGAGUUUGUCGACCAGUGCCCAUCAUCCUGCCUCCCCAGUGACAUCCGCAGCGACGCGUCUCUGGCACCCACGGGUAACCCCGGCAUGGAUGGCCUUGUCUCUGUGUUCGCCCACGAGCUCGCAGAAGCUGCUUCCAGCCCCUUUGUCUCCACGUGGUUCGACGGGCAAGGCAAUGAGAAUGCCGACAAGUGCGCCUGGAAGUGA